AUGCGGUGGCCCAUCGUCGCAGAGUCGUUUGGGCCCCAUCUGUGCAACACCGAUGUCUUCAGUCCCAAGCCGAGCCAGUCUGCCGAGGACCAGCCUUACACGAGGUGGCAGGACCUUCGCAAGCGUGUCAUUGAGCAUAACGUGCGUGUGGUGGCAAAGUACUACACUCGCAUUCAGAUGGGUCGUCUAACUCAGCUUUUGGACCUGACUGAGGAGGAAACGGAAAAGUACAUUAGCCAGCUUGUCACUUCCAAGACGAUCUAUGCAAAGAUUGACCGGCCUGCACGGCUAGUGAACUUUGCCAAACCCCGUGAUGCCGACGACGUGCUGAACGAAUGGAGCAGCGACAUGAAGAGUCUACUGGGCCUCUUGGAGCGCAUUGAUCAUCUCAUUACCAAGGAAGAGAUGAUGGCGCGCAUCCUCCCACCUCGGGAAAAGGCAAAGGCUCGCUAA